GACUUCUUUGAUGUGAGCCGCCGCGUUUCGUCUUACCCCCAAACACUGUGCUUCUGGUUGACCAAUAGCAAGAAAUAAACGCUAACUUGUGCGUGAUUGUUCACAAAUUAUCUUCGUGUCGGUUUAUUCUCAACCGCAAUUGGGUCGGUGAGAUGUUCCAGGAAGGACCAAGUCUUACAUGAACGAGUCGAGAUAUACACCUGUCGAUGCAGGCUUUGGAUGACGGCGACACGUUUGCUGUGACGGGAUGGCUACUUCCGAGCCUCUAUUAGUUUGCAAGGGUGGGGGAGUCGGGUGAGAUAUUUUAGUUGAAGGAUGGAAUUCAAGUCAAGGAGAAAUUUUUUCGUCAGAUGAAAAGAAAGUAAUGAAAGUUAUCCUGGCUUGUGAGCAACUAGUCUGAUUGUCACGCCCGAUAUGCUUUUGCAUUAAAUGUUGAACGAUAUUGUUUUGUGCUUUCCUUGACGCGUAAGAUUGCAUUGCAUCUUCUUGAGUGGGGACCCCUUGAUCACGACAUUGAGCGUGGCCGGAAUUUCAUGUAGCAAAUUGUGAGGCGGCUUUACCAUCAUUUUUCUAAACGUGGCGAUGGCAUCUCAUGAAUUUGGUAUCGGGAUUUUGGGUAAGCCAUUAUAGUUUUACAGAAGAGAAGCUUGAGUUCUGCAUUUACGGAAGUCGGAGUUCCUCGGUUGACCUCACAGUGACAAUGUUUACUAUUUUACUGUUAUCCAUGAGAGGGAGGAGCUGGUCACUAACGUGCCAGUUUUGCCGUUAUGUUUUGAAUUUCGGUUGUUCUUUAACCUACCUUUUAGUUUAGAACGCCGCCCGUGACGUCGUAGUUUCCACUUUCGCAAUUUGUCAUGUUUUAUUCCACUCCCUUCAUUAUUUUAUGAUAGUUUAGGUUUUUUUUUUUUUUUUUUUUUUUUCGUUGUCGGUUGUACUAUCAGUUUUGGACGGAAGGAAGGUGCUUAUACUGCAUCAAUGCAGAAGAAGAGCCAGUUUUGAUGUUGAGAAGUGAGAUCGUGGUUGGGGUUUUGAGAGAAUUUCGAUAUUGGUGACCUACAACUUCCGAGUCCGUUUAUAGCAGUAGUGAAGGAGUUGAUCCAUAUUCAAAGGAAACUGUGACAUCGCCACUGAUUAGAUUUGGGUCUUAGAUACGGCGUGAGAAAGAACCAGACAGAAGGAAUUGAUGUCUGUUUUAGUAUUCUGUACACCAAUUUAAGGCAAGGGGAGGGCUGGCUUUAAGAGGCUCAAAGAUAUGGAAGAAUCCGAAAGGGAGGAAGAGGAUAUCGAAGUUGCGGCAGAGAUUGUGGCUAGGCUCAAUAGUGAGAGCUUGAAAGAGAGUCAAGCGGCAGCGAAGGAUUUACGGAUGAUGGCGAAAGUUGAUGAGAGUUGUAGGGGUCCAAUUGCUGAAGCGGGGGGGAUCGAGGCCUUGUUGCCCCUCCUGCACUCUUCUGAUCCAGACUUGCAAGAGAACGUCAUCACCACUCUCCUAAACCUCUCCAUCAACCCACUGGUUCGCGUGCGCAUCACGCAGACACAGAAUGCUUUGGAAGCCAUAUUGAAUGUUAUCCGCUGGGGCCACACAGCAGCGUCCAAGGAGAACGCUGCUGCUACUCUUUUCAGCCUCUUGAUCGUGGAAGAUUACCGUGACGUAGUGGGAAGACAUCCCUUGGCUAUCGUUGCCCUCCUGGCGCUUUUGCGCGACGCUCCAAGGCAUCGUGGCAAAAAAGACGCCAUCAAGGGUCUGUUUCACUUGUCCUUGCAUGACGCCAACAAGCCUAGGUUGGUCGAGGAGGGAGUAGUGCAAGUGCUGAUGUCAUAUGUGCGUGAUAGGGGCUCCGGUCUCGUAGACGACUCGCUGUCCGUGCUCGCUAUACUCGCCCUCUGCGAAGAAGGUGCCAUUGCUAUUGUUGGAGCCUCCGCACUUCCAAUUCUGGUUGAGAUUCUAAGAGCAGGUUCGCCAAGGUCGCGGGAAAAUGCAUUAUCAGUGCUUCUGGCUCUCUACAAGGGUAGCAACGAAAUUAUAUUAGAAAGAGUGGCUUUCUACAACCACCAGAUUGUUUCCAUGUUGUGUAGCUUAUCAGUGAUUGGCUCCGAUCGCGCCAAACGCAAGGCGAACGAGCUCAUGCGUAUGCUCGUGGUCUCGGAUUACUCAAGUGACUCUAUGUCAUCGCGUUCUAGUCGAAGUGGCUCAUCAUUCUUGAAUAACUUCGACUCCAGAUCCUGAGUGCGGCGGUAAUAUUUGAGAAAUCAAGGACUUAAAGUGCAUGUGGCGACAAAAUGCUUUACUGUUGGUUAUCGUUGGAGCUUGGCAGUGGUUGGCAAAGGAACGAUGCGGAUCCAGGAACAGAUGCUCCUAUAAGCUGAAAAUUGCACUACUGAGUUCCUCAACAGUGGCCUCACAAUCGAUUCAUCAGUUCGCUUGCAGCAUCAAAAUCACUGGGGUGGUAUUCACCAGUUUUUCAAGUCGCAGAUGCGAUGGUCUCAUAGCUCCUUUCUUCACUGCCAAGUUGGGCAUGAGAACGACCACUGCAAGAUUCACAGUCGGCGCAGUUGUGAACCCAAUGGCAGAUCAGUAGAAUCUUGUGCUAACAUCCGAACUGAAGGGUUCUAAAGCUUCCAGCUUGCACUCAGGCACAAGUAGACACCGAAACGACUUCUACAUCGCUGCCUGUGCUGCCAUGGAACAGUACCAGCAGGAAUUGCAAUGCCGAAACGGAAAACCUGUAAACUUGUCGAUAUGCUUCCUUCCACCCUAAACCAGCCACACUGAGAAAGCCGGAAAGACCGAGCAUGAAAGUAUUUCACGCUCACCAUGAAUGCGUCACUUCAUUUCAUGACAUCCCAUUGUAUGCAGCAUUAGUGAAACCUUCAGUAAGGGCUCUCUUUUCCUUGGUCUUAAAGAGUCUUAAAUAGGCUCUCCGAGCUCACCUUUACUAGGUCGUGUUUCUAGCUUCUUGAGGAAAAACAGCGGCGCUUGUCCCCAAAAAAUCAUUGACCCAUUUUUCUAUAAAGCAUGCUUUGUUGUGUAUUGUAAA